AUGGCAAAGCUUGAAGCGAUCAAGAGGAAGAUCGGUGGCCUGAAGGCGCGGAUCGACAACACCGUAAGAAGCGUUGAAAAGUUUCUAUGGGGUUCAGACUGCAGGCCAGAAGUCGAAGAAACUCUUACCCUGAUGGGCAGGUGCUUCUUGAAAUGCGAAGAGUACCUAGGCCAAUGCGAGACCGCUACUGGAAUAGGAGAACGAAAAACUAAUGAUGCAUAA